GGCGUCGGUAACGGCGGCGCUCGACGUUCACAUACGCUUCAGCUCAUCAGCUAAUCGCAACAACAUGUUCUAACAUCCCCCCUCGGCCGACAUGGCCAACAGAAGCGGCAUGGGAGAAGAAAACAACAAGCGAACUGGAUACGAGCUAGCGACGAAAGUUCAAGCAGACAGCGGCCGAGUCUCCAACCCAGCAAUUGAGGAUGGCGCGAAGUCAAAAUCAUGCUUAACCGCACUGCCAAAAAGCGAGUGAGGCUUGAGCGAACAAGCACAAUGGGUUCCUCACGCGCGAUACAUUGUUUCAAAUGUCGUGUCAUGCGAAUGCACGCAGGGUGUAUAACAUCUUCAACAGUGAAGUCGGCAAACGGGCAGAAGAAACAGAAAAAGAAACAUUAUCGAGCGCGGUGGUGGAGCGGCCACCCCUGGCGUGGACCUGCUGCCAGGUGCUGUCGAAGCGGAAACUAGAUACCGCUAGGUCUCGUGAGCUGGGUCGUUCAUGACAUCCGAGUGGUAAGCCUCGUCGUGCGCACCCGUCAUCGUUCUCCUUAACCGCCUUGAUGCUUGUCCACCACGCUGUCGAAAAGCCCUAUCGCUUCUCAAAACGCACUUCUGCUUAGUGCAACUGUUUGCAGCAGUGCGUCCCAUGGGGGAGGGACUCCACCUGCUCGAAACAGGCGCCAAAAGCCGCCAAGAUCUACUCCAGGGCGUGGCGCUGACGAUGGCAAUUGUGACGGUCAUGGUGAUGUGGAUCAUGACGAUGCCAUCUCCCCGCCUGAAACAUUUGUUUUGGUUUUCCCCCCCGGACGCUCCGGAACCCUCUGACUGCCUCGAGGCCAAACCGCCCCCCACAAACAUCUGAGAAUCCGCCACCCCGCACGGGGUAAUGAGCGAAGGCGAGAGCACCAUAGAUGAGGCACUAGAUAGACCCCGAGGAGGACCACGAGCGCACCGAAGAAGCAGAGAACCGCGGCGAUCAUGAGCCUCAAGAGGAACCGUCAAUGAUCACCCAAGACUCUGUGCCGGACGAAGAAGAACGCUAUGAUCAAAAAUGAAGGCCACCAACGCGAGUAAGUAAGAGAAGAGCAUAGCGACCAUGAGCCUCGCAAGUAUCCGUCAAUGAUCACAAGCACGACCACUUCACAUACCGAACGGUGAUCGAAAAAUGAUGCAGUCAUUUCACCACAAGACAUGGCCAAGAACAUGAGCCUCCAAGAGUAUCCGUCAAUGUAAACAGCCAAUAAACAGUAAUAAAGAGCUCCAAAGUUGAACGACAACUUGAAUGACAACACAAGGACUAUGAGAAACGAGAGCCAGGCCAGUCACCGCCGCAGCGCCUCCGGCGCGCCUCCACCUCAGCGGAGGGAUAUGCCAUCGACGGUGCCAAGUGACCCGCAGCCAGGCCUCGACGAAAAAACCUCAUGCCUGAAUACGAGGAAGCUGCGCCCUCGCCAAACAAUCUAACAUGCAAUGUGGCCGGGCCACCCAAAAAAUAUCAUGCACGAGGCCGGUGGUCAAGCGGAUGCCGUAGCGCAGGCAAGCCCCGUUGAGGAGGUGGAGAGCUGCGCUGAGCCCGAGGAGGCGAUGAGCGCUUCCAACUUGUCCGCAGCAGCUGCGUGGGCGGCCCCUUGAGCGAUGAGCUUCCGGUCCCUGCGGGCCCCCCCUCGCGCCUGAAGGCGCUUGGCCUCCUGGUCCAGCCUCGGAACGAUCUCCUGCAUGCUGAGCCUGUCCACCUCGUUCCAUCUGCGCACCUUGAACAGCACAGACAUGUACUCCGUGCUGAACUGGGUCAUAGCCGGAGUCGGCCCCGCCGGGCCCGCCCGCGCAGCGGUGAAACUGACGGGCUUGGAUCUGCCAUCCUGUCCCCUCGCGGGGCCGAGCCCGCAGCUGGGUUGGGCGUCGGCGGGGGGGCCGGGCUGGCAGCCAGGCCGGGCGGCGGGCUGGGCGCCUCCAGGGGCGCCGGGCUGGCAGCCAGGCUGGGCGCCGGCCGCGCUGCUCGGCAGGGCGCCGGCGAGGGAGGCGUGUUGGUAGCCAGGCAGGGCGGGCUGGGCGCCGCCAGGGGCGCCGGGCUGGGCGCCUCCAGGGGCGCCUGGCUGGCAGCCAGGCAGGGCGCCGGCCGCGCCGCUAGGCAAGGCCCGCUAUCGCCCGCGAGCAAAAAACGCUCUCCCAUUGUGGAUCGAGCACGACACUGCU